GACCCUCCCCCCCCCCCCCCCGCCGGCGCCGCCGCCGCCAUGGGGGGCACAGGGGCCGAGCCAAUGCUGCGCCACCCCUGAGCGGCACCCCGGCCCCGGGCCCGGCCCCGGCCGAGCAUCGCUGAUUGAAAGGGAACUUGGCUGUUGGGUGUAUGGGAACUGAUCCACAAACAAGCUGCAUUUUCAAACAGAGGUCUUCCAUUCCUGAAGUUGAGAAGUUCCACGUCACGCUCAACAUGGAGAAGGAAGAAAAGAAGUUUGUCAAUAAAGACGAAGAAGAUGAGAUGGAGAUUUAUGGUUACAAUCUGUGCCGCUGGAAGCUGGUUUUAGUUGCUGUCGGGGUGUUGUGUACUGGUGGCUUCCUCCUCCUCCUCCUCUACUGGAUGCCUGCGUGGCGUGUCAAAGCAACAUGCAAAAGGAUGACGCUUAAAGACUGCGAAGUGGUGCUGCUGAGAACAACUGAUGAAUUCAGGAUAUGGUUUUGUGCAAAGGUUCGCAUUGUGCUUUCUCUAGGAACCAGUCCACUGCAAAGUCCUACUCCUCCUCAAGACAAGGUUUCGAAUGGCCACAGCAUUCAUGUAUUUGAAAACCCGGCUGAAGAGAACAAAAAUGGCACUCAAAAAUACUUGCCUAUUCGCUAUUUCUCACACCACAGCGUGAAGUAUUUCUGGAACGAUGCAGUCCAAAGCUUUGACGUCGUAAAAGGACUGGAUGACUCUAUUUCCUGUUCUUCAGUUCAUGCUGAACACAGUGCGGGACUGACUAAGGCGGUGCAUGAUUACAGAAAAUUAUUCUAUGGAGUAAAUGAAAUUGCUGUGAAAGUGCCUUCCAUUUUUAAGCUUCUGAUUAAGGAGGUCCUCAACCCAUUUUACAUUUUCCAGCUAUUCAGUGUGAUAUUGUGGAUCACUGAUGAGUAUUACUACUAUGCAUUAGCAAUUGUCGUUAUGUCCGUAAUAUCCAUCAUUAGCUCACUCUACACCAUUAGAAAGCAAUACGUUAUAUUGCACGACAUGGUGGCAGCUCACAGCAUUGUCAGAGUGUCGGUCAGCCGAGCAAAUCAAGAAAGAGAAGAGAUCCUUUCCACUGACCUUGUGCCUGGAGAUAUCAUGUUGAUUCCAUCGAACGGGACAAUCAUGCCCUGUGAUGCAGUACUUGUCAGUGGUACUUGCAUUGUAAAUGAAAGCUUGCUAACAGGUGAAAGUGUUCCUGUAACAAAAACUAGCCUACCAAACCCCGCAGAAGAUCCAAAAGCAACAGGGGAUGAAGUGUACAGUCCAGAAACCCACAAGCGACAUACCUUGUUCUGUGGAACCACCGUCAUUCAAACGCGGUUUUACAGCGGAGAACUAGUCAAGGCUGCAGUCGUGAGAACAGGCUUUAGUACUUCCAAAGGACAGCUUAUUCGUUCCAUCCUGUAUCCAAAGCCAACUGACUUCAAACUCUACAAAGAUGCCUACAUGUUUCUGUUGUCCCUCGUGGUGGUGGCAGGCAUUGGCUUUAUCUACACAGUGGUCAACAGCAUCUUAAAUGAGGUUGAAGUUCAUAUAAUAAUAAUCGAGUCUCUUGACAUUAUCACCAUCACUGUUCCUCCUGCACUUCCAGCUGCAAUGACUGCUGGCAUCGUUUAUGCACAGAGACGCCUGAAAAAAAUUGGCAUUUUCUGCAUCAGUCCUCAGAGGAUAAAUAUCUGCGGACAGUUGAAUCUUGUGUGUUUUGACAAGACUGGUACGCUUACCGAAGACGGCUUGGAUCUGUGGGGUAUCCAAAGAGUGGAAAAUGCUCGCUUCCUUUUGCCGGAAGAGAGAGCGUGCAGCGAGGGCUUAGUGAAGUCUCCGUUUGUUGCUUGCAUGGCCACUUGUCAUUCCCUCACAAAGAUUGAAGGAGUGCUGUCUGGGGAUCCGCUGGAUUUGAAGAUGUUUGAAGCCAUAGGAUGGAUUCUUGAAGAAGCGACUGAAGAGGAAACAGCCCUUCACAAUCGAAUAAUGCCCACUGUGGUUCGACCUCCAAAACAGCUUCUUCCGGAGUCCAAGCCUGCCACAGAUCAAGACAUGGAAUUGUUUGAGCUUCCGACCACUUACGAGAUAGGAAUCGUGCGCCAGUUUCCUUUUUCUUCCGCUUUGCAGCGCAUGUGUGUAAUAGCGAGAGUGCUGGGGGAGAAGAAAAUGGAUGCUUAUGUGAAAGGUGCCCCGGAGGUGAUUGCCAGCUUGUGUAAGCAAGAAACAGUUCCAGUUGACUUUGAAAGUGUUUUGGAAGAAUACACCAAGCAGGGCUUCCGAGUUAUUGCUCUUGCUCAUCGAAAACUGGAAUCAAAAUUUACGUGGCACAAAAUCCAGAAUAUUAAUAGAGAUGCCAUUGAAAGCAACAUGGGUUUUUUGGGCUUAAUUAUAAUGCAAAACAAGCUAAAGCAAGAAACGCCUGCAGUGCUUAAGGACUUGCAUAAAGCCAGCAUUCGCACAGUCAUGGUUACAGGUGAUAACAUGCUAACUGCUAUCUCUGUGGCCAGAGACUGUGGAAUGAUUCUACCUCAGGACAAGGUUAUUAUUGCUGAAGCACUACCGCCGAAGGAUGGACAAACUGCCAGGAUAAACUGGCAUUAUGCAGAUACUCUCCCAAAAUGCACUAAUUCAUCACCAGCCAUUAACUCAGAGGAUAUUCCUAUAAAACUGGUCCAUGAAAGCCAUGAGGAUCUCCAGAUGACCAAAUACCAUUUUGCAAUGAAUGGGAAGUCCUUUGCAGUGAUACAGGAGCAUUUUCAGGACUUGGUCCCCAAGCUGGUGUUGCAUGGCACCGUGUUUGCUCGCAUGGCACCCGAUCAGAAAACACAGCUGGUGGAAGCCUUACAAAACGUAGAUUACUAUGUUGGCAUGUGUGGAGAUGGUGCAAAUGACUGUGGUGCCCUGAAGAGAGCGCAUGGUGGCAUAUCGCUGUCGGAACUCGAGGCGUCUGUGGCUUCGCCGUUCACCUCCAGGACUCCCAGUAUCUCCUGCGUGCCAAACCUGAUCAGGGAAGGCCGGGCCGCUUUAAUAACUUCCUUCUGUGUAUUUAAGUUCAUGGCAUUGUACAGCAUUAUCCAGUACUUUAGUGUUACCCUACUGUAUUCUAUCCUAAGCAAUUUAGGAGACUUCCAGUUUCUCUUCAUCGAUCUGGCAAUCAUUUUGGUUGUUGUCUUUACUAUGAGUUUAAAUCCUGCUUGGAAGGAGCUUGUUGCACAAAGGCCACCCUCAGGUCUCAUCUCAGGUCCACUUCUCUGCUCAGUCCUGUCCCAGAUGGUCAUCUGCAUUGCUUUCCAAGCCAUGGGGUUUGUUUGGGUCAAGCAGCAGCCCUGGUAUGAGUCCUGGACCCCAGACUCAGAUGCAUGUAACGUGUCGAGUGCCACAGACACCAACUCCUCCAGCCAUGGGAACCAGACCCUUCAUGAUGAGCAUAAUAUCAAAAACUAUGAAAACACGACCGUGUUUUUUAUCUCCAGCUUUCAAUACCUCAUCGUGGCAAUUGUCUUUUCUAAAGGGAAGCCCUUUAGACAGCCUUGCUACAAAAACUUUCUUUUUGUUUUCUCUGUGAUAUUUCUUUAUAUCUUCAUAUCUGUCAUCAUGUUGCAUCCAACUGAAGUUAUUGACUCGUCUCUAGAGCUGGUUUGCGUGCCGUAUCAGUGGCGUGCAACACUUCUUGCCAUUAUCGUCAUCAAUGCAGUUGUCUCCAUCCUGGUGGAGAAUGUCUUCCUUGACAUGGUCCUUUGGAAAGUUGUGUUCAGUCGGGACAAACAAGGAGACUGUCGCCUCGCCACACCCCAGCCGCCUCAGGAGGCCACGGACCGCUGGGCAGCCUGCUUCCUGACGCCCCUGUUUAGCUGCAGAAAGAAGAUGCCACAAGCCAAGUACAUGCACCUAGCUCAGGAACUGCUGGUGGAUCCGGAGUGGCCACCGAAGCCCAGAACGACGACCGAAGCUAAAGCUCCAACCCGGGAAAACGGUUCCCAUCAGAUAAUCACUGUCACGUAGCAGCGGCUCAGCGGCGAGCUUCUGUAGUAGUGUUCAGAGGAAUGUGAUCUUAUGGCUUCAUUGGGAAAUGUAGUACUAAGCACUGUAAGUCCUAGUACAAAUAUUUCCAGCUAUCUCCUGUCCCUGAAUGCAGAGGGCGAGCUGGACAGCAUGCAGUUCGCCCAUGAAAAGGUGGGUGAGGUCAUGUCCAGCAAAAGAAAAAUGAGGGGUUUUUACUAAUUUGAAGAGAUCUUAUUUUUUCAUGUGCAUUGUAUUUAAAAAUUUAAAUUGCAGGGCUAUUAAAUAGCUCCUCUGAUCAUUUAUCUAGGGUAUGUUAACCUUCGGAAAUCGUUCCAGCUUGCACUCCAGUGCACGCAUUCAUGCAGCUCAUGAUGUAGCAUUUUCAUGGUAGGUUUAGGGACACGUAGGAAAAAAAUGUUUAAACAUUGGUCACUGUCUUUGCUUUGAUCAGAAAGCUUUGUGACCAUAUGACGACCCCCAGGUGUCAGCAAGUGACCCUCUUGUUUCAUGUGCCGUUCCAAAAACACCUCUUUGUCUGCUGGUGACACAGGAGUGUUUCCAGCUACAGGGCGUGUAAAAGUUCUGGGUUCCUGGCUUAGUCCUUUAGCCUGACCCUGCAGGAAGUGGGACUGCUGCAGACAGGUGUGCUCGGUGCCCAGGAGGAAAGCAUCACGUUGCCCGAGUCAUGCCUGUGUUCCUCUUCUGCUCAUCUGGAGAGUGGCAUUGCAGUGGGGUGGGGGGGUGACAGUCCUUCAGCCAGGACAGAUUCAGCCUGCUUUUUGGGGUCUCGGGGGGGGGGUACCAGCAAACCUAGGCCUAUAAUGCCUCUUCUCUGUCCACCUUGCCUGUACCGCAUUCAUCUAGUCACCAGCUCCACAGGCGCUUGCUUGAUUCAGCAAAAGGUUAGAUUGCUCUUAUUGGACCAGGUUUAUUAAUGUAACGUGAGUGGUCUUUCCUAACCAAUGCCUUUGCACUACCAAGGCCAGAGCUACAAGGCAGAAAAUACUUUCCACAUGCCCGUCACAUUAGCCAGUCCUAAUCCUGGGCACCAAGGGCUUAUACAUUUCAAAGAUUGCUCUACCGGUGUCUUAAUUGCUAUGCAGUUCUUUGAAGACAGGAACAGAUGAGCUGGAGUCAGUGUCUGGGUAGAAAACUGUAGGGCUGCUCUGACCCUCUUCACUCGUGCAUCACCAGUGGUGCCGUGUGUGUCCUUGCAGUGGCAGCGUACAGUUUCCCGUUGGGUGGUGCCAAAGAAGGUUUGCCCUGGCCACCAAACACGGGAUUUCAAAGCGACCCUGGCAGAGAGCAGCAGUUUCUUACAUGUCGGUUGUAGAAGCCUACAAAGCCUUGUGCAGCCUCAUAAAGCAGUAGUAAAGCCAUCAGAACAACUCCUUCGACAUGUUACCCGAGGACAUAACAGAACGAUAAAGACUGGACAGCUUCUCCUAACUCGGUGAAUCUGACUGAGCCGAGCAGCUCUGAACUUUGAGAAGGGGCCUUAUCCAGAUCUGACCUGUGUAGGAGGAAAUGUCCCGGGUUGCAGACGGGGCUGGGAAUGUCAGGGCUUUAUGGAAAUGACUUGAGGAUGAGUUCCCCCCCCCGACUUGAGAGCUCUGCAGGCUGCUGUCUUAAAGGUCUGUAGAGAAGAUCUUAUGCUCUGGGAUUCUUCAGGAAGGGAAAUUUUGAAGCUCAGGCCCAUUUCCCUUGUGCUUUCUUACGAAGCAGUGAGCAGUAGCACCCGUGUUGCUAAUUUUAGGACUUUUGCAAUGCUGAACAUGCCAUGCUAAUGUUGCAAUUAAAAACAGUGCUCGAUGGUUUUGGGAGAGUCCUUCUAGGAGCCGUGAGGGUUAGUAGUUCUUAACACUCCUCACAAACAGCUUGUGGUCUGCUAUCCUCCCUGACAGCUGGCAGGUCUUCCUGGCACUUCCGGGGGAGUUAUUCACCACCGUUUUAAUCAGUAGUGCAGAGCCGAGCUGUCCUCAGCCCGUCUCCUUAAGCUGCUCAACACGAACACUGAUGACUUCAGAGGGGCCUGGAGUUGCACAUGAGAUCCCUGUUGCGGCUGGUGAUUCUUCAGACUAUCUCGGUCGUGCAGAGUUGGGGUGGGGGAGAAGAAUUGCCAGCCGAGCGCAUACUUCUGUCCCCCGUUUUGUAGAACACAUUUUACUUUAAUGGAAAUAUUCCAUGAAGCUAUGCAUCUUGGACCUCGGAGCUGUGAUUUACCACCGCCUCUUGUAUUUGACUUAUUUAACAAUUCACUUGGUGGGGUUUGGAGCUGGUAUUGUGUUCGUUAUUUUAACUUGCUGCUUCAGUCGAAAGUCACAAAAUAACGCAUGCGUCAUCUGCCUCUUGGAAGUGGUG